ACUGCUUCUGUUAUUUCGACGUCCUUGCGGAAGACGUGGCGGCUUGAGCACUGGGCUGCAAAAGCAGUGAGAAUACUGUGUGAAGUUUCAAUGCAUCUUGCUGUUGAUCUGCUGCAACCAUGAUUUCGCUAACGGACUCACAGAAAAUUGGAAUGGGGAUAACAGGCUUCGGCGUGUUUUUCCUGUUCUUCGGAAUGAUCCUGUUCUUUGACAAAGCACUCCUGGCAAUAGGAAAUAUCCUGUUUGUGGUCGGCCUGUCCUUCGUCAUCGGGCUGGAGCGCACCUUCAGGUUCUUCUUCCAGAAGCACAAGAUGAAGGCCACGAGCUUCUUCCUGGGCGGCGUGCUCGUGGUGCUGAUCGGCUGGCCCGUGGUGGGCAUGGUGCUGGAGAUCUACGGGUUCUUCCUCUUGUUCAGGGGGUUCUUUCCAGUGGUCGUAGGCUUUAUCAGGAGGAUACCCGUUCUGGGCUAUCUGCUAAACCUCCCAGGAAUCAGUGGGAUUGUGGAUAAAGUUGGAGAAAGCAACAACAUGGUAUAACAGCGAUUGCAUGUACAUAUAUUUUUUUGUUCCGUUUUGAGAAGAUGUCUUUAUAAUAUUUAUAACGGUUUUCCUGAAACAGCCUCGUCCCCCUUUGGUCAGAUUAGGUCACGUUAUCCAAGCUUUACUUGGACCCUUUUUCCGUUUAAAGGGAAAAAAAAAACGGAACUCUCCCCCCUCUUGUAGCCUUUUUCGAUUUGGCGCUGAGCA